GCCAGUUGGUCUCAUGGACCUGCCAGUCCUCCCUCUCCUGAUUGGCCCUCUCCUUUUUGUCGCAUUGUAUUCGAUAACGCGAGUCUUCAUUAUCGCCUCAUAAAUCCUACUGCAUCUUCGACCAUAGGAACAGGACCAGAUUCUUGCCCCAAUUCAACGACAUCUCAUACUCUGCAAGCAUUAAGGUCACUAAAACUAUCACUUGGAGGCAGCCAUAGAGAGCGCUUAAUUGGUAUUUGUGGACGCACCGGAGCUGGGAAAUCAACUUUAGCUGCCUCGCUUUUUCGGUUAGUUGAGGCACAGAGGGAUGAAAUGCCGAAUUCGAAUUACGUCCAGGAACCAUUGCACUCUAGCGAUCGGAGUGGGCCAAUCUUCGUCGAUGGUGUUGAUAUUUCUCUUCUUGGUCUUCAUGAAGUCAGGUCGCGGUUCAGCAUACUACCUCAGGAGUCCACUUUGUUCAGUGGAAGUCUUCGCUUUAAUCUAGACCCCCUAGAGGAGCACUCAGAUGUCGAGCUUUGGUCUGCACUUGAUGCAUCCCACCUUGGCCUCUGGGCUCGAGAAUUGUCCAAAGGACUUGAUUUCGAAUGUGGAGAAGCUGGGUCAAAUCUUUCGGUCGGCCAGCGUCAGCUCAUAUGCUUGGCUCGCGUUUUCCUCUCGUCAGGUGGCCAAGUGCGCCUACUUGUGCUCGAUGAAGCUACUUCUGCCAUGGAUCCGACUACGGAUCAGCUAGUUAUGCAGACUGUCAAGAGUGCCUGGUUCUCCAAUGCAACAAUUCUUAUAAUUGCUCAUCGCCUUACCACUAUCUUUGAUGCAGACAGGUAA